GCUACUUUUGAAGUAGCUGAUUUUUUUUUCUGAUGUGUGUUUGAUUUCGCUGCAUUUAGCCAACACCGACAAUUGACAAAAUGCUGACGACGGAGGAUUUUAUCCGCUUCCCGCUCCAGAUGUGGGAGAAAGUGCUGUCGAAGGUGAAGAAAGCUGUUGUUUUUAUGGAUGACAAGUGCGCAGAGGCUCUCCACUGGAGCGGAGGUGCUGCUGCUUUACUGGAGGCAGGAGCCAGAAAUUUGAAGCAGUUUUCAAGCUUCGAAGCCUGUGGCGCCAACGAACCGAAAGCCGUGUUUGUGGUGAGCACUUUGCUGAAGGGCAGAACAGUCGACAUCAUCAAAGACAUCAUAUCCCUCAGUCACUUCCAGUACUGUGUGGUCUUCACCACCGUCUCUCACUCCGUGCACCUGCUCGCCAAUCAUGUCACGGCAGAAAUGGAAGGAAACCCCGUAUUUGAGCAGUUUGAAGAGAAGCUGUGCGAGUGGAUGGGAAACAUGAACUACACGGCUGAAGUCAUGCAUGUCCCAGUGGUCUUCGCGCCUGUGUCCCAGCACUUACUCCUCACACCCACGUUUGCACACCUGUUCCCCCUGCUUUCACCUGACCUGGAGACAAUAAAUGCAAAACGGCCAGAGAAGAAGAAAUUUGGAAGCCUGAUUGAUGUGGACAUGCACUCUCUCCCUGCUGAACUGCAGAUUGAAAUCAAAUCCUUGACGUCGGCGUUAAACGCACUGUUUGAGGCCACAGGUACCAGGGAGGAGAGCUUUGCUGUGGGCCCCAUGAGCCGGAUCAUAGCAGGGGAACUAGCCAGCCACCCUCAAGCAAAAACUCGGAGGAAAACAUCCCCUAAUAAAGCAUCGAUCAUUUUUGUGGACCGAACACUGGAUCUCACAGGAGCUGUUGGUCACCAUGGCGACAAUCUGGCAGAAAAGAUUCUGACCGUGCUCAAACCCUUACCUGGUCAUGUGACAGAUGUACAGGUGGAUAUGCUGGAGCUCACCAGUCUACAGCGCACCCCUCACUCCCAGAACACCUUGGCCCCCGGCUGUCUCGCACACAACCAGUCGCCUGCAGCACAGUCUCUGUGGGAGGCCAUGCUGACUAGUAAACACAAAGAGGGGGUGAUGGAGGUCCGAAGGCAACUGGUGGAAGCAGCCAGUAAGGAGAAGCUGCCAAUCAAGAUGAGCAUGGGCCGUGUGACCCCUGAGCAGCUGUGCUCCUACAUUCAGCUGUUCCGGAGAAGUUGGGGGGCGCUAGAGAGUCACUGCGGGGUGCUCCAGCUGGGCCUGGCCACGGCCCAGAUGCUCCGCCACCCCAGCCUUCCCCGCUGGGACUCCUGCCUGGCCUUCGAGCGGCUCCUGCUGCAGGCUCUUGGAGACUCUGAUUUCCCCACCGUGCUGAGGCAGCUGCUGCCCUUAAUGCAGCCCCGUGGAGGCGAGGACAGCUCAGCCUCAGGGUCGAGGUCCAGGCAGGAUGAGUGCGGGCCCGGGGAGCUGAUCCUCCUGCUGGUCUACCUGUACUCCCUGGCCGACGAGGCGCAGCCCGCAGACCGGGACGCCGAGGAGGAGGAGGAGCUGGAGAAGCUGGAGAGGGAGCUGGUAGGAGCACUCACCUUGGUCAUCACCCGAGAGACAGAGCUCAGCCCGUUGCUCCAGAAACUCACCGGUUGUGUAAACCCUGAGGAGCUGACCACAGAGCGAGCCCAUUCUGCAGUGGAGGACAUGUUCGAGACCCUCCGAGGUCUGAGCCACACCAGGGAUCACCUCAAGCAGCUUCGCUCCAUCUACACUGCCAGCGAUGGCGUUCACCAGGCGACCUAUCAUCCUUUCCUGCGGCAGAUCCUGGAGGAAGUCUUCCACCCUGACAGACUCGAAUGUCCCGACAUCGAACACAUGUCCGGAGGUCUCACAGACCUGCUCAAGACCGGCUUCAGUAUGUUCAUGAAGGUGAGCCGUCCACAUCCCGGCGACAACCCUCUGCUCUUCCUCUUUCUGGUUGGAGGCGUCACACCCUCAGAGCUUCGUCUCAUCAAGGACAUUGUCACCGCACACAAACCAGGGACCCAGGUGCUGGUUCUGUCCACCAGGUUGCUGAGGCCGACAGAUAUCCCCGAGCUGCUCUUCGCCACCCAGAGACUGGCGCCUGAUAUCGGUGUGUAGAAGGCCGUCACAUGGAAACACACACACACGUGGAAGGACUCAUGCACCACAAACAAAGGCUGUGCAUGAAAAUCAAGGAAGUGAAAAGCAAACACAACAUUCCUUUUCUUCGUAUGUCAGUUGUUUGAUUUAACUGAAUUCUAAAGAGAACUGUAAAGUAAUGAUAUAAAACUAGAUAUUUACUAUAUAUAUUGAGUUUAUCGUUCUGUGAAACAGUAAAGAAAUUUUACAUUAAUGUGUGUGACAGACAACACGCUGAGCGUAAGGUGUAAAAUUACAGCAGCAUGUUUCAGGUACUGCUCACAUCAGAUCAUAAUAUGAACAGUAAAAAAAAUUUUUCCACACACAGCACAUCAGCCUGCGUGAAAAACAGGCCACAUGUGUGAACUCAUUACAAGCGGAGGUGUAAACAGAGGAAGGCCUGCUGUUGCACACUCUGUUAGCAUCCACUCUCACCUCGCCGCGUCACAGGGCAGCAAAUAAGAGCAGAAUAAUUAACAAGUUGUUUCACACUCUCUGCUAUUAGCCUGGUAAUUCCCUCACACCUAGAGAUCACCUAAACCCUCCCAUGCCUUCCCCCUCCCUCUUCAUACUCUCCUCUCCGACAUGAAUCAUCUCGGCUAGAGCUCCGUAAUUUCACCCACCUACGCACCUGCAUUGUUUCUGAAUAAUGAGAGUCUCCCACAUUUUGUCCAAUGCAGAGAGUCAGGGAGUGUAGUCAUCCAGUAAGUCCUGUGGGCUGUAGUCCACUGACGGCUCAUAACAGGAUAUUCAGGAUUCACUAAUUAGAUUGGGAAUUGUAAAUAAACAGAUCUCCAGCGUACACACAUUCAGGUUUUAUUGGAAAAGUGCUUCAUAUCAUUUCUGUUUUCUGUCCUCGUCCUCUGGGAGCUCGCAGUUCUCAGAAGAGUCCCCAAUAAAACGAGGUAAUCUCUGAGAAAACUAACAUGAACUGUCAGCUCAGAUUAUUUUAACAGCUUUUUUUUCAGUUUGAUUUCCUGGGGUCAAAGACAACACCGGGUUUUUGGCUUUGGACAGACACUGAGGUCUGAGAAGCGGCUGUACAGUCACGCCUCUAUUGUUUUCAGUUCUAUUCACUUCUGCUGUUAUCAAAGAGUUUUCAUAAGAAUCGGUUUAUUCAUGGGUCAGACUAUCUGUGCGUCAUCUCCCUCACAGUAGGAAUGAUAUUUGGAGCCAAGGACAUGACAUGGACUUAAAAGGGUUUUGAAAUGUGCUGUGUACAUGUGCUGCAGCGAAAAAAAUUAUACAUGUACCACAGAGAUCCAGAUGUUUCUGCUGCCAGAUGUGCAUGUGCAAACACGUAAAUGAAAAACCAGAGACAGAAUCAAAUUCAUCAUCAUUUUAUUGUGAACGCAAAGUGAAUUUGUACCAAAUAAAUAACAACAGGCCC